GUCUUUGCAGCAGAUGCUCGCCGUUCGGUAUAUAGGCUCUACCCGUGCUCGGCAACUCACCGCAGGUCACUCGAAAAAGCAUGAGGCUCUUGCUCCCCGGUAAAAAAAAUCCUGGCCGGAACAACCAUACCUCUAACAGCACCCCACCACGACCACAUACCCACCCACAAACCCAAUGGCGACACCACCCCCCAACGCAACGGCCAUGCCGCCGCCGCCUCCACCGCCCAAUGCAAAGCCUCCCCCCAAGCCCAACCCCGCCUUCGCGGCGAUGGGUCUCCCCCGCCUGCGCGCCAAGCUCCCCUCGCGCAACUGGAGCAUCUUCCUGGGCGUCUGCAGCGUAAUCGGCAGCACCGUCGGCUACGAUCGGUACCACACGAAACUGGUGAAGCAGAAGUGGAUCGACACUGUGUCGCACCUAUCGACGGAGCCCUUGGAGCCCAUGGCGCUGCCGCGAAAAGUCACCGUCUACCUCGCGGCCCCGCCCGGCGACGGCAUCCAGGCCGCUAGGGAACACUUCAGGGAUUACGUCAAGCCCCUGCUGAAUGCUGCUGCAGUCGACUUUGAUGUCGUCGAGGGACGUAAGAUGGGCGAGUUGAGGUAUAAAGUCGCAGAGGAGAUCCGGGGGCGCAGGAGGGGCGAUGAGGACGGUCCUGUCGAGGAGGCGAGGAAGCGCGCGGGCAUCGAGAGGGUCGAUGAGGGCGGAGUGAUCGUCGUGGGGAGACAUGCGUGGAAGGAGUAUUUGAGAGGUGUGCACGAGGGGUGGUUGGGACCGCUUGAGGCGCCGCUUCCCACACCGCCGCCUCCGUCGUCGGAAAUGGUGAUGGAAGCCGCAUCACCCGUGGUGGAAUCACUCGAGGAUGCUAUAGCUGAGAAGACUGCGGCGGCGGUACCUGUGCUGGACCCUAAAGAGGAGGAGAAGAAAAAGAAGGAGGAGGAGAAGAAGAAGAAGGCGAUUCCUGCUCCGUUCCUACUACCGAGUCAGUAUGGCGCCGCUACGAUGUCGGAGCAGAUCCCGGGUCGCCUCGAGGCGGCUGCGGUAGUCCCAUUUCCGCAUAUCCUGGGCUUCUUGAAUACCCCAAUCAGGAUGUACCGGUACGUUACGAGGAGACAUAUGGCGGACGAGGUGUGUCGGGAGGCGGCCGCGGUGGCACUGGGUUUCCAUAGGCCUUUCAUCACGGCACCGGAACCGGCUGGAACAUUGAUGGAGCCAGAGGAGGUCGAGGAUGGACUGAAGGCCACGAAGGAGACGGGGGAGAUCAAUGCUUUGGAACACGAAGAGGCCGAUUGGCCGAGCAAGGUCUGGGACGAGGAGAGGUACAAGGGGGAGUGGACCGAGGGAGUGUCCGUCGAUGGCAGGAUCAGGGAGAGGCUGAGGAGGUUCUUCAUCCCCACUGACAGAGAACCCAAGAGCCCUGGUGCUGCUACAAAAGAGAUGUGAAAUGGUGGGGAUGUUUUUACCGGUUACGGUUGUAUAUUAGCUAUGUCUAUCUCUUCCUUCUACCAUGUUCUCUAGGGGGGG